AUGAAGAUGAGGCAGACAGGCUCCCCCUUCAAACACAACUGUGGAGGUGUGGUGCUGAACAGGAAGUGGAUCCUCACUGCGGCACACUGCGUAGACAGUGAUGAGCAGCGCCGCAUCGUGCUGGGGGAGCAUAACCUGAUCGACUACGGAGGCCAGGAGAUGUACAAGAGGGUGAAGCAGAUCCAUCUUCACCCUCAGUGGAACAACACCAGAGUGGAUGACGGGUUUGACAUCGCCCUGGUGAAGAUGCUGUAUGAUGCUGCCAUAAAUGAAUAUGUCCAGCCCGCCACCCUGCCCAAAGCAGGCGAGGAGCUGCCAGAUGAAAGUGCCUGUUACCUUACCGGAUGGGGGAUGACAGAAGCCUCUGGUGUGAUGUCACAGCUGUUGAAGCAGGUUUACAUGCCUCUGGUGGACUACAAGACCUGCAGCGCUCCAGAGUACUGGGGCAGCACUGUCAAAGACAUCAUGGUUUGUGGGGGAGAAGGGGACAGCACCAAUUGUCAGGGUGACUCAGGCAGCCCUAUGACCUGCACGGUGAAUGGGACGCCCGUGGUGUACGGCAUCGCCAGCUUCGUGUCCGCUGAAGGCUGCAGCACGCCCAAGAAACCCACUGUCUUCACACGCAUCUCCGCCUUCACAGAGUGGAUCGAGACGACCAUGAAGGAAAACUAAUGAAUCCAGAGAAUAUGUCAGUGCUCAAUAAACAUCCUAUAUUAGUCUGCACCAGUGACUACUU